AAGAAGAGUCGUCGCUAGCAGCAGCAUUAGCUUCCUUUGUUAAUGGAUUGAUUGCAGCUGGAAGCAGAGUUUAAUCCUGCUGGAGAAAUAAUCCCAGAGAUUAAAGAUUAGCUGCGAUGAAGGAGGAGAAGAUGGAUGAUCAGCACAGGCUGCUGGAUUUCACCAGGAUCCCCCAGAUCAUCUUACAGCGGAUAGAACACCAUCAGGAAUAUGUUGGAAAAGAGGAGGUUUUCUCGCAGCGGCGGUUCUCAGAACAGGAGAGGAAUUCCGGGUUGGAACAAGAGGAACCAGAACCUCUGCAGAUAAAAGAAGAGCAGCUAAAGCAAGAAGAUCCCUGGACAAAAGAGGAGACCAUGGAGAUCCCCAUAAGUGAGCAGGAGGAGCAGCUGGUUCUAAAGCAAGAGAUUGGAGAAAUAGAAGAGAAACCUUUUGCAUGUUUGACAUGUGGAGAAAGGUUUCUGAAAAAAGAACAUUUAAUGGUUCACAUGAGAACUCACACAGGUCGGAAGACGUAUGAAUGUCAGUUGUGUAGAAAAAGCUUCACUCAAAAAUUUCAUCUUAAAACACAUUACAGAACUCACACUGGUGAAAGGCCCUUUGAAUGUCUGUUCUGUGGAAAAAAAUUCAUUUAUAGAAGUGGUUUUAAUAACCACCUGAGAAUUCACACAGGUGAAACACCCUUUGAGUGUCUGUUAUGUGGAAAAAGCUUCAAUGAUAAAAGUGAUUUUAAUAAACACAUAAGAAUUCACACAGGUGAGAAACCGUUCCACUGUACAAUUUGUAACAAAAGUUUUAGUCGAAGCAGUCAUUUGACUAGACACAUGAGGGCUCACACAGGAGAGAAGCCUUUCAAAUGUCUGUCCUGUGGAAAAAGAUUACACGAUAAACGCACUCUGAAUAGACACAACAGAAUUCACACUGGAGAGAAGCCUUUCAAAUGCCCGUCCUGUGGAAAAAGCUUCAGUGAUAAACGUGUUCUUAAUCAACACCUCAAAAUUCACACUGGUGAGAAGCCGUUCCACUGUACAAUUUGUGGCAAAAGUUUUAAUCGAAAAAGUAUUUCAAUUAUACACAUGAGAACUCACACAGGUGAGAAGCCUUUCAAAUGUUUUUCUUGUGGAAAAUGCUUCAUUGAUAAACGUGGUCUUAAUCAACACAUCAGAACUCACACAGGUGAGAAGCCGUUCUGCUGUAUGAUUUGUGGAAAAGCUUUUACUCAUACAAAUAAUUUGACUGGACACUUGAGAACUCACACAGGCGAGAAGCCAUUUGAAUGUCAGUCCUGUGGAAAAAGUUUCACUGAUAAAUCAACUCUUAAUAAACACGUCAGAAUUCAUACUGGCGUAAAGCCAUUCUCCUGUACAAUUUGUGGAAAAAGUUUUGCUCAAUCAAGUAAUUUGAAUAAACAUAUGAGAACUCACACAGGUGAGAAGCCGUUCUGCUGUAUGAUUUGCAGCAAAGGUUUCAAUCAAAAGAGUAAUUUGAUUAGACACAUGAUAACUCACACAGGUUAGAAACAUUUUUCAUGCAUGGUGUGGAACGAUUUUUAUAAGAUUGAAAUAAGAUUUCAAACAAUAAAUUAGACUCCACAGAAAUGAACAGGGGAGACAUUUUUCAUGUUUUAGUGUUCAUAAAAUGUCCCUCUAGAAACUAGUUAACAUGAUUACACACAGAACUCAAACAUUAAAGGCCCUUUUCUUGCCAAAACCUUUUAUUAACAGCAGCAAUCUACUGUUUAUAUGUAAGCUAGAACAGAUAAGGUGUAAUAAUGCAAACCUGGUAAAUAUUUAAACUAUGGAACAUCAAA